AUGCUCUCUCUCAUGCGCACAUUCUCACAAUCGUGCCAGGGUCAGCUAGGGGCACCGCUAUCGAUCACGUGUCGAGGUAAGCCGGUGGCGCGGAGGGAGCUAUUCGCUUACACCAACGGACAUUUCCUCGUCGAUGAAGAAAAUCAGUUUCGUCGCCGAUAUGUGCGGUUCGACUUGGACGCGCUCUGCAGCACGGCUGCCUUGGCGGGAGAAGAUCCCAGUCGCGUGACGGCGAUUGAGAAAAUGGAAGGGGGGUUCAGCAAAGCUUUCCGGAUGAAAAGGGCGAAUGGAACGGAAGUGAUCGCCAAAAUACCGUGUCGCAUGGCUGGCCCGCCAUCAUUGACAACGGCUGGUGAAGUGGCUGUUUUAGAAUAUGUCAAGAAACACACUUCUAUUCUGGUGCCUCGUGUCUUUGCUUGGUCAUCCGAUAGCUCAAACCCUGUUGCUGCUGAAUAUAUUGUUAUGGAGAAAGCUCCCGGGGUGCCUUUGUUCCAAGUUUGGGGCACAAUGACAGAAUUUGAGAAAUUGCGGCUGAUCAAGAAUCUGACCCAGCUUGAGGCUCAGUUGGCAACCAUCAAGUUCCCCGUUCUUUCUUUCUGUAUUGGACCUUCUUGCGAUCGAGCUUACAAUCCAGAUAUGACACCGGAACGUAACCAAGGGCCUUGGAAUUCGGUUUCAGACCUGGGGAUAUCGAUUGCAGAGCGAGAACUGUGUCUGAUUUCAAUAAAAGACCAGCGAAGGCAAUUAAAGUACUACCGAGGGACACCCGAGCAACAGAGUCAGCUUCUGGAAGUCACCAGGACCGUCAUGAAGAUCAUGAACUCGAACGACGUAUUGCAGAAAGCUUGUCAGCCCACUUUGUGGCACACUGAUCUUCACAUGGGAAAUAUCUUCGUCAACCCAAACCAAUGUUCCCAGAUAGUCUCACUCAUUGAUUUCCAGUCCACGACGGUACUUCCCGCCUUUCCCCAGGCCCGGUGGCCGAUAUUUUUACAACCUCCGCGCAACUACGACUACACGAGGGGGAUAUUCCAACCCCAGCUACCGGAAGAUUUUGACAAGCUUGACGAAGAGAGUCAACUGAUUGCUCUGCGUGAAUGGUCCCAGGUAAAACUGGCCAAGGCGUACGAGGUAUCAACAUACCUUGAAGACAGGGCAGCACAUGAUGCCAUGAGCGUGCCCCGUGUGUUCCGAGAGCUGUUUACCCGAUGCGGAGAAGUCUCUGAAGUGGGUAUCGUUCCGCUGCGUGCAUGCUUGAUAGAGAUAUGGGAAAAUUGGACAAGCCUUGGUUUCUCAGGAGAGUGCCCUUAUUCGUUCAGUCAAGCAGAACGGGAUGAACAUGAGCGACAAUUCGCUGAGUACCAAGCUUGGCAUGAGGUUCGAAUGCUUGCUGAAGAGUGCCUCGAUACUGAUGCGGAAGGGUGGAUUGCGCCGCAAGUGGAUAUUGAUGAAAAGAGAAGGCAGAAUGACGAGCUUCUGGCUCUGUAUAUUGAGAAGGUGGCUGGAGAGAGAUCUACAAAGGAGGCCCAGGCGAUGUGGCCUUUCUUUCCUGGGCCUUGA